AUGCUCUUCAGCACCAUCAUUGCCUCCACCAUGGCUCUCACCAUGGGUGUUUCCGCGGCUCCCGCCCCUCGGGACGACCCCCGUUACGUCCAGCUGCGUAUCUACGGCGAAUCCGGUUGUUUCGAACAGAACCAAGGCGAGAUGGGAAUCUAUGGCGACAAACUCAACAAGUGCCAGACCUUCGGCGACACCACUGUGAAGUCCGUGCGCUUCGAGUAUGCGCUGCGUGACAACUGUACCGUGGCCAUUUACAAUGACAUUACCUGCCACCUUAAUCGCCACGAUGUCAAGAUUAACACUUGUCUAUCUGGUGACAAGGAGUACGGCAGCUACCUUGUCCAGUGCUAA